GCUACACACACCUGCUGGUGCGCAUCGCCAGGCACGGCUGCGAGCUCACGACCCUCUGACGACCGGGUGACCGAGGAGCGGCAUUCGCAGCCUGACCCGUCUGCGUCGACUUCGACCUCGGUGACCCAGGACGCCCAGGACGACGAGACGCAUAGAGUCUGUUCUUGCGGCGCUCGUCGACCUGUGGCGUCCUACACGAUCGAGGACCUGGAUGCGAUCGAACCGGUUUCUGCGGCAGAGAAAUUAUUACGUAGAUGCAGCUGCGAGCAACCUGGAGCCGGAAGGCAAGUAGCUGAUCUGCGAAAGCAUCGUAGCAUCGACACCAGGUGGCCCGGGAGCUUCCUUUCACCGGACGACGCGAUUUGGGACCUACGCAAGCACGCCAGUGAGGAUACCGAGUACCGUUGGGCCUUACACACAUCUAGGACGGACGUUGACUUAGCUAGAAGCGCCAAGAGCAAGUGCAGCUGUCACAGCUUGACUCCCGAGGAGAAGAGACCUGAACGGGGUGAUCUUAGGAAGCAUCACAGUGCUGAGACAGACAAGUGGAGCUUGCGACCCGAUGACAAUUCGCAUGAUCUCAGAAAGCACAAUAGUGAUGACGCGCGUAUGGGGCGCGAGGCCAGGUGGACACUUCAGGUACCCGACGCUCUACCUAAUCCGAAGCCUCGGUGCGGCUGUCCCAAGAAGAAGUCAUCGCUGGUGGAUGAUGACGCGAGGAUGGUGACAAAGGAGCCUGAACGGAAGAUCGUCCACUCCAGGUCGCUGAACGUGGAGGAGAGUAAAGGUAUACCCGUGGAAAGGCACGGGUUGAAGAAACACGCGAGCGAAGAUCCAAAGUGGGAGAAGGAGAAGAAGAGCAGCCGAGAGGCGUCGAGCAAGAAUCGAGAAAAGGAGCAGAUAAGGAGUCCGGUUAACGAUCGUAAGGUUGCCAGGUCAAAGUGGGCGGUAAAGACGCAUUUCUCUUUACCGGCGGAGAAGAAGGAAGCCCGAUGGCCAAAGGAUCAAGCACCCUCGUACGAGCCCAAGAGUAGGAGCCUCAAAGAGCGUUAUAAGUCGUCGACGAGGCAGAAGAGUCUAUCCCCGGAACCGGAAGGCACCAAUCUCCUUCUGAAGCCCAACGACAAGAUAGUAAAGCGUCUGAUCUCGCCCGAGAUAACGAUAACGGACGCCAAGUGGGCCCCUUAUCAAGGUCACUCACCACUGCCAAACGUCGGUAUAAAGAAGCGCGAGCAGAAGCGCAUCAGUGAGAUCAAAUGGACCCCCUACGACGACUCACCGACAAUGGACACACUCCAUCCUGAUGAUCAACCGGAUACGCAGACCUGGUCGCCGUUUCGCCAUGUGACACCAACGAGCUUCCCACCGCCGAAACCGACGCCGUGUCGCGAGGAAGAGGUCGAGGACGAGUCCGAAGAGACCCGCUGGAGGCUGCUGAACAUGAUCUCACCGUUUCCAAUAUAUCAGGGUGCAUGGCGGGACGACACGCCGCCGGAAACGCCCGAAAGACCCGUGGCGAAGUUCAUGUCGCAGGACCUCUCGACGCCCGUCUGGUCACCCCAGGAACGUACCCCGAUCAAGAGAUACUCACCACCCCCGCAACCCGUUAAGAGUCGCAGCAUCAUCUCAAGGAUGCGUAAGGAUUCCAGGACCAAGUCGGAGCUCAGGGAAUCCGAGGCACCAGCCGAACCUCGUCGACGCGUCAUCGCGACCCGCGCCUCCUCGGAGGAGACCCGAGGUCGUCAGCGACCUCAGCUCGUGAGAUCCAAGGCACUUCUUGAAGUGCCUGGUAUCGAUGCUACCAAAAGGUCCCUUAGCGAGGAAGUGCCCCGUCAUCGUAUCAAAGAGUCACAUCGUAAGCCCCAUCGGGCCCGUAGCGAGGAGGGUCCCAAAUACAGUAAACCUUGGUUCGCCGAAAGUCUCCUCUCGGAUGCGAACGAGAUGUGCCAGUAUGUGACUACCGUGUGAGUAACUGAUUAAGGCCCACUUUGGGCCUGAUCGGCCGAUUUGACUCUCUCGAAGGCCUAGUACCAACGGGUAGGGCUAAAAGUGUACUUCUCUUCGUCCUUCGAUAUUUAAGGGUGAGUAGACGACGCGAACCUACUGCGAAGCUUGAGGGCUGGUGAGAAUUCGAUGAUCAGUCGUAGGACGCGAACGCCACCGAAUCCUGGAGAACUUUAUUUAAAAUUUUGAAAAUAAAAAUGGCGUACUUCGCGACGGGACUCUAGCGCGCAUGAACGAAUCGAUACGGAAGCCAGGUAAUGACAUUGAGUGAUAACGAUACGAUCCGGUCGCGAAAGACAAAUUAUAUACAAGACUUACAGUCGUCGGGUGACGUUCUAGUAUACAAUAUUAGAAAAGGAAAAUGAAAAAAACGGUAAUGAUCGUAGGUUUAACGAGUACCGAUUAUUAUUAAUGAUAGUAACGAUAACAUUGAUUACGAUAAUAAUAAUAAUUAAACGAGGAGCUAGACGAUAAGUAGCCGUAAAUAUGAGGACAAAGGAGCGUACUUGAAACGUACUUAUACAUAAAAUAUAAAUAUAUAUAAAACCGCUCAGAAAACCAAAAAACAAUCCAAGUGCAUUGAGAUAAAAAAAAAGAUUGUUGUCCGCGUCCAUCUCCGCCGGCGUCUGUUAACGCGAGGGUGAUGCGCGUACGACUUUUUUUUUGUUUCAUCCAACUCUUUGCCCCGGGGGGAGGGAAGGGGUGGCUUUUCUUUCUUACGGAUCCCCUUUGAAAGAGAGACGAACACGAUAAUGAAAUUUGUUAUUCCUUUUUAAAAGAGAAUCCAUAAAGCGAUUGAUCGACGCGGGACCCGUGGAUGCCACGUGUAUUAUGUUUAGGUACAUAUUGUAUAUCGCCCGUGGCCAAUUCCGUUCACGAAUCUCGCAUGUAAUUUAUUAGUUGGUGGAUCGCCGCGCGUAUUUGACUAUACACGACGGCGAUCCCGGUGCCGGCGCGUGCAAUAUUAAUUAGAUUAAAGACAGUUUUAAUUAGCUACGUAAGUGGUAACUGAGGGUAAGAAGAAAACCAUUGAUACCGCUGAUCGCGAUAUCACACUUAGAUUAAAUAUAUUUAUUGUCGGUCAUCAGUAUUUUUUAGAUUGUAUACGGUUUACGUUAAGGUGCCAAUUUUAAACUUGACGGGUUUUCCCGCGCUUGCGUUUUUCAUUGGCGCCCGGCGUACACUAAAGUUACGAUGAUAUUCAUUGAUUGAACCGACAGCCGCGAGUAUCUCGACUCCUUCAUUAUUCUUUAUCUUUUUCUUACUUUUUCGUCUCACUAUAGGGCGUCCACUGUGAUCACUUACUUUAUUUAUCAUUAUUUCCUUUUUUCAUCUAUUUUUCUUUCUUGUCUUCUCCGUUCGCUCAUUUACCUCAUUCUCAUCAACCCUUUCUCUCAUUCUCCCUCACUCGCGGUCAUUCUCGAAUUACAACUUAGAUCGAUAAAUACAUCGAGAAGUAAGACUCCGCCAUUUUGUCGUACCGCCGUGGACAGUGGCGGACGUUAAUAUUACUAUAGAGAAAUUACUAAACAAAUGAAAAAUUAGUAUUACGUGUCCGUAAAUUCUUCUCAUCGACUAAUGUACAGAUGUUGAAAAUUCGAAAAUUCGUUGCCCCCUGUGCCCGCGCCAAUGUAACUGUGAAAAAAGUUACUGUGAAAAAGUAACUGUGAAUCAUCUACGAAUGGCGUAUUCAUAUACAGUGGCGCAGGUAACGAGGGACCGGUUUUUCUUCUCACUCUCUUGAAACUCAACGUCCAAAAAAUCCCAGUCUGAAAGUGUAAUUUUUUUUUUGAAAAUCGCGCGAGCGCGUAAUUUUGUCAUUCUAUUUUUUUUUUUUCAUAAUUUUUGUUUGUCACUUCAAUUCCGUAAUCCACUAAGCCUUUAUAUCAUCCCUUAUCUAUUAUCUAGUUUCUAGUCGUUAAGCGAGCGAGUCAGGUGACGCGAAUGCAUUGCAAUUCGUAAACCGAUAAUAAGUUGAUAUUAAACGUCGAUAUGUAUACACGCGCGUGAUAUUCGCGCAUUCCCCACGUUCCCAUGGAAUGUGUAUCCGAUCUCGUGCGACUCGACUAUGUAAUUUAACAUUCCAAUAUUAAAGUUGCUCUACGCGUGAUAAGAGCAGUCGCUAUCAUCAAUCACGAUCGAUCUCUAUAGUAAUAAAAUACAUUCCCGUAAGCUACAUUUAUUUAUUUGAAUACAAUUAGAAAACCGCCAUAUUCUUCACUUGAAUGUACAUUAUAUAUAUUUUUUUUCUGCAACGCGUCUUCGAUUUUAUUGACGCUAUUAUCGUUAACUAUCAUUAAUCUCAACGGCACGAAUAUGCAUCUCAUGUUAUUAUUAUUAACGAUAAUAACAAUUAUUAUUAGAAUAAUAAUUAUUAUUAUCUAUUCUCAAACACUUGUCGUAUCGAGAUUGGACUCAUUGUUCCUCGGUCUUAGCAAUGGUUUUACCAAUGGGAUGGAAAGUUUCAGUGAUAACGAGGCACGCGGGAAGAAAAAAUGCUUAGCGACAAAAGGAAAAGAAAUUUAAAAAAAGAUUAAGAAAUAACAUUCCACUGAUAUCCGUGAAUAUUUGCGAACGCCACGUCAGGUCUAAGCGUCGUAUGACAAAAAUUCGCUUUGUUCCACGUAUGACGUUUAAUCUUUCCGACAUUUUUGCGUGAUAGCAUUGAUAAGAGAGUGAGAGAGAGCGAGAGACAGAAUGAUAGGAUGGAAAACGGAGUAAAAAGAUGAAAACUAAGCUUUACUCGUAAGUUAGAGAGAGAGAGAAAAAGAGAUACUUAAGCAAAAUGGGGAAAAACCACAAAAAAAUAAAGUGAUGCUACAGUACAGUGUAUCCGUGCUGCCAUUAGCAUAUAACAAAAAUCUCAGCUGAAGCCAAAAUAGUUAAAGAAGACACAAUCGCAUACCCCGACGUUACGUAAUAUUAUUAAUAAACGUAAUCCCGUGUACACAUUAUUUGCAGUCCGACGAAUUAUUUAAGGAUUUAUCGUACGGCAGUUUGAAUUAGCUGAAAACAAAGUUUUACGCAUGCGAAAUGGAUAUAUGCGUUCUGAAUGGACGUGAACGACGAUUGACGUGUGUCUCGAUAAAAGAAAAAAAUAAUCCUAGAGGUAAAUCGCAGAAGAAAAUAAUUUAAAUAAAACCGAAAAACCUUACGGAUAGUUGGAUUGUAUCUCGAUAUGUGAUGAUUUGUUAUUGAUUAUCGUUGAUUUGCUUCUUAUACGUUAUUUAAGACGACGCUUGUUUCUAGAAGUUUUUUAUCUUCUAGAAUUUUUGUUCAUUUAAUAAGAUGCCCCAUUCCCCGUCCGCAUUAACCCCUAGUCCUACCCCUGAAUCACUUCCUGUUAUUCCUAUUUAUUAUUACCAUUAAUGAUUUGUGAUCCAAAACUUUAAAUGAUACGACGUGUUACAGGAAGUAUUUAGCCUGUGUAGAGUGAUGCAUUAUCUGUACAACAAUACAAUAUACAACCCGUAAUAUGAGGUCAAUGUUGAUUUGUUUAAAUAAAUUGAUCAAACAAUGGCCAGUUUGUAUUUCACUACUUGCUGUGAUUAUACAUAUAUGCAAGUGUAUCAAUAAAGAGAAUAACUUCCUUA